CAGAGAAUCGGGCUCACGCCAUUUUGCCCCCCCGUCCGCGCCCAGCCACCCUUUCCCUUUAGACUCUGUCAGCCCCCUACCCCGCCCCUUUCCAAGCGUGUCCCGGGCCGCCGCCGCAGAAACCGCACCAUCUCUAUCCCCACAUUCUCCACGCGGGACGCGCAGCCGGGUCUACAAGUGUUCUUAGAACAGAGAUGAAUAACACUGCAGCCAGCCCAAUGUCUACUGCCACUUCAAGUAGUGGAAGAAGUACAGGGAAGUCUGUAAGCUUUGCAGCAGAAUUGCAGAGUAUGAUGUUUUCUCUAGGUGAUUCUAGGAGGCCUCUUCAUGAAACAGCAGUUUUGGUAGAAGAUGUAGUACACACUCAGUUAAUUAACCUGUUGCAGCAAGCUGCUGAAGUUUCUCAGCUCCGGGGAGCAAGGGUAAUCUCUGCUGAAGAUCUUCUGUUUUUGAUACGCAAAGAUAAGAAAAAACUUAGAAGACUGCUAAAAUACAUGUUUUUCCGAGACUACAAAUCAAAGAUUGUCAAAGGCAUCGACGAGGAUGAUCUUCUGGAAGACAAAUUGAGUGGCAGUAAUAAUGCGAACAAAAGACAAAAAAUCGCUCAAGACUUUCUCAACUCCAUUGACCAAACAGGAGAACUCUUGGCAAUGUUUGAAGAUGAUGAAAUUGAUGAAGUUAAACAAGAAAGAAUGGAGAGAGCAGAAAGACAAACUCGAAUUAUGGAUUCAGCUCAAUAUUCAGAAUUCUGUGAAAGUCGACAGUUAAGUUUCUCCAAAAAAGCCUCCAAAUUUCGAGACUGGUUGGACUGCAGCAGUUUGGAGAUAAAGCCCAAUGUUGUCGCUAUGGAAAUUUUAGCAUAUUUAGCGUACGAAACUGUGGCACAGUUAGUGGAUCUGGCUCUUCUUGUGAGGCAGGACAUGGUAACCAAGGCAGGAGACCCCUUCAGCCAUGCCAUUUCUGCCACCUUCAUUCAGUAUCACAGCUCUGCUGAGGGGUCUUGCCUAAGGUCCUACCCAGACUCUCCUGAGAACACACCUCCUCCUACACCGAGCACUCCAUCAUCUGGAUCACAGCUCUCAGGGAGAACCACAUCAGGAUCCCUAGGGAAUGGGAGUGCUGGACAAGACUCAGCUAAAACCAAACAAAGGAAGAGAAAAAAGAGCACUGCGGCCUGUGGUGUUGAGGCUCACAGCGAUGCCAUCCAGCCCUGCCACAUCAGAGAGGCCGUUCGACGCUACGGCCACAAGAUUGGCCCCCUUUCCCCAUUCACAAGUGCCUACCGCAGGAAUGGGAUGGCUUUUCUGGCCUGCUGAUGUGACUGUGACUGAGACAACAGGAAAGGCAGUGUUAUAUUAAGGUGGAAGUCUGGGGUGCAGAAGGGUUUAAGACCACACAGAUUCAACCAUGGAACAAACUGGAGAUUUCCAUGUGGUUCUAGACAGAAAAGCGGGCUCCGAGGAGUCAGGGAGGCAAAGCUAGAGGUUAAAGACAGUAACAGCAGCAAAUCCCCCUACUGUCAGGAGACUAACAAGCAAAUAAAUAAUAAAUAAUAGAACCUGGCCUCAGUGCUCAACCUUUUCCUAAGGAGCUUAGAAAGUGCUCAGAUGGAUAUGGGGAGGGGGAAGGGUAAGCUGUGACAAAGCGCAAGAGAGGCAUGGACAUACAUACACUACCAAACGUAAGGUAGAUAGCUAGUGGGAAGCAGCUGCAUAGCACAGGGAGAUCAGCUCGGUGCUUUGUGACC